AUGACCCGAACCCAUCGAUGCCACCUAGCUCAACUAGCCUCAGGUCUUUAGUUGCGCACUUCUACGCUUCUCGUUCUUCUAUGCACAUCACACGUGCAUCACAACUAAACAUCACACAACUGAUACUAAUAACAAGAUCUACAAACCGAAAAAUCUGACCUCAGGAUUUCAAUAGAUCGAUCGAUCGCUCGAAGGCGUAUGUGAAUUGCGAGAGAGGACGAAGAUGGCGUUUAUGGCGGUUUUGGAGUCAGAUCUACGUGCUCUCUCCGCCGAAGCUCGCCGUAGGUAUCCCGCCAUUAAAGACGGAGCUGAACACGCGAUUUUGAAGCUCCGGUCGUUGUCAAGUUCUAGUGAGAUUGCGCAACAUGAUGAUAUAUUGAGGAUUUUUUUGAUGGCAUGUCAAGUUAAGACGAUCAAACUGAGUGUCAUUGGUCUAUCGUGUUUGCAAAAGCUCAUAGCACAUGAUGCGGUAGCCUCAUCAGCCUUAAAUGAGAUCCUUGUCACCCUUAAAGAUCAUGGUGAGAUGGCAGAUGAAGGGGUUCAACUUAAGACUCUUCAAACAGUACUCAUAAUUUUCCAAUCCCGCCUACAACCUGAUAGUGAGGAGCAUACUGCCCAAGCUCUUGGUAUCUGUCUUCGACUUCUUGAGAACAACAAAUCCUCUGACAGUGUACGAAAUACUGCUGCAGCGACUUUUAGACAAGCAGUGGCAUUAAUAUUUGACCAUGUCCUUUCUUCUGAGGCGCUUCCAGCGGGAAAACUUGUUCAUGGAGGAUACGUUUCGCGAAGUGCUUCAGUUACCUCUGAUGUUAAUCAUAGCAUCAACAAUUCGAAGUCUUUGGAGGAAGAAUUUGCCUCUUUAGGAAAAUUAAAAAUGCGGGAGACCCCUACAAAAGCUGGAAAACUUGGGCUACGGUUGCUUGAGGACCUGACAGCUCUUGCUGCAGGUGGAUCUGCCAGCUGGUUACGUGUUGGUUCCAUACAACGGACCUUUGCACUUGAUAUACUUGAAUUUAUUCUGUCUAAUUAUGUAGCUGUGUUUAGAACUCUGCUACCCUAUGAGCAGGUUUUACGUCACCAGAUUUGUUCACUUUUAAUGACUUCACUUCGUACCAAUUCUGAGACUGAGGGAGAAACUGGAGAACCUUAUUUUCGCCGCCUUGUCUUGCGGUCAGUGGCCCAUAUAAUUAGGCAUUAUAGUUCAUCCCUCAUCACUGAAUCUGAGGUAUUUCUCAGCAUGUUAGUGAGGGCCACGUCGCUUGAUUUGCCGUUGUGGCACCGCAUUCUUGUACUUGAAAUCUUGAGGGGUUUCUGUGUGGAAGCACAUACUCUGAGAAUUUUGUUUCAGAACUUUGACAUGAACCCAAAGAAUACAAAUGUAGUAGAGGGUAUGAUAAAAGCUCUUGCUCGGGUGGUUUCGAGUGUGCAGUUUCAGGACACAAGUGAGGAGAGCUUGGCAGCUGUUGCGGGGAUGUUUACAAGUAAAGCCAAAGGAAUUGAAUGGAGUUUAGAUAAUGAUGCAUCAAAUGCUGCUGUGUUGGUUGCGAGUGAAGCCCAUGCGGUAACUUUGGCUAUUGAAGGCCUGCUUGGAGUUGUUUUCACUGUGGCAACCUUGACAGAUGAAGCAGUGGAUGUUGGUGAGCUUGAGUCCCCAAGAUGUGAUUCAGAUCCACCUGCAAAAGUAAUUGGAAAAACUGCAGUUCUAUGCACAACAAUGGUUGAUUCAGUGUGGUUGACUAUCCUUGAUGCACUAUCCUUGAUUUUGACCAAAUCACAAGGUGAAGCUAUAGUGUUGGAGAUAUUGAAGGGUUAUCAAGCAUUCACACAGGCAUGCGGUGUUCUUCGGGCUGUAGAACCUUUGAAUUCAUUUCUUGCAUCACUUUGCAAAUUCACCAUAAGUUCAUCAAAUGAACCUGAUAGGAAAAGCCGUACUUUACAAUCUCCGGGGUCAAAGCGGACAGAACUAGUGGUGGAACAAAGGGAUGUCGUUGUUCUAACACUUAAAAAUUUUCAGGCCCUCAGGACUCUCUUCAACAUAACUCAUCGUUUAUACAAUGUUCUGGGACCUUCGUGGGUGUUGGUUUUGGAGACUCUAGCAGCACUUGAUAGAGCAAUUAAUUCUCCACAUGCAACAACCCAGGAGGUAUCUGCAGCUGUCUCAAAGCUUACUAGAGAACCAUCUGGCCAGUACAGUGACUUCAGCAUUCUGUCAACAUUGAAUUCUCAGUUGUUUGAGAGCUCUGGACUCAUGAAUAUAUCAGCAGUGAGGUCACUUCUUUCUGCGCUCCGCCAGUUGUCAUAUCAAUCAAUGGCUGGAACGUUAAGUGGCAUUUCGCAAACAUCAAGUCAGAAAACAGGAAGCAUUAGUUUCGCAGUAGAGAGAAUGAUAUCCAUUUUAGUCAAUAAUCUUCACAGGAUUCAGCCAUUGUGGGAUGAAGUUGUUGGACAUUUUAUUGAGCUUGCUAAUAGCCCUAACCACCACUUGCGAGCAAUGGCACUUAAUGCUUUGGAUCAAUCAAUUUCUGCUGUUUUAGGUUCAGAUAAGUUUGAGGAGAAUGCACUAUCAAGACACCAUGGUAUCAAAACAGAAAUGAAGGCACUUGAAAUUUCUAUCAUAUCUCCGCUACAUAUACUUUAUGAUUCAUGUCCGAAUAGUGAUGUUAAUGCUGGAUCUUUAAAAAUCCUCCUGCAUGUUUUAGAGAGGCAUGGAGAUAAGCUGUUUUAUAGCUGGCCAAAUAUCCUUGAAAUGCUAAGAUCAGUUGCUGGGUCAUCUGAAAAGGAUAUAGUCACUCUUGGAUUCCAGAGCCUACGAGUCAUUAUGAAUGAUGGGCUAUCAACUGUACCCUCAGAAUUUCUUCAUGUAUGUAUAGAUGUUACCGGUGCAUAUAGUUCUCAGAAGACUGAAUUGAAUAUUAGCUUAACAGCAAUUGGCCUGCUUUGGACUUCGACUGACUUUAUCGCCAAGGGUCUGUUGGAGGGUCCUAUAGAGGAUAAUGGCAAAGAAACAUCAGAAUACAUGAAUGGUGAAAAGAUAGAACAGACUGAGAACAGUGUUAAAAAGGUUAAUCAACAAGAUUCCUUGAUUUCAGUAGCCGAACAUGAUAAAUUGCUGUUUUCCGUUUUUUCGUUACUCCAAAAUCUGGGAGCUGAUGAAAGACCUGAGGUAAGGAAUUCAGCUGUGCGGACACUUUUUCAAACCCUAGGAAGCCAUGGGCAAAAGCUUUCAAAGAGCAUGUGGGAGGAUUGUCUCUGGAAUUAUGUUUUCACAACUUUAGAUCGUGCUUCUCACAUGGCUGCCACAUCUUCCAAAGACGAAUGGCAUGGGAAAGAACUUGGUGUUCAUGGUGGAAAAACUGUUCAUAUGCUCAUACAUCAUAGUCGGAACACAGCUCAGAAACAAUGGGACGAAACACUUGUGCUUGUAUUUGGAGGGAUUGCUCGUAUUCUGCGUACUUUCUUCCCACUACUAAGAAGUAUAACCAAUUUUUGGUCUGGAUGGGAAUCUUUGCUUCGGUCUGUAAAGAACAGUAUUGCAAAUGGUAGUAAAGAAGUUGCCCUUGCUGCCGUAGGUUGUUUGCAGUCAACAGUCCUCUCUCAUUCACCCAAGGGAAAUCUGCCAAUGCCAUAUCUAAAAUCUGUUCUUGAUGUUUAUGAUAUUGUUCUCCGCAAUCCAACUGCAUGUGGUGAAAUGGCAACAAACAAGGUGAAGCAGGAGAUAAUCCAUGGGCUAGGAGAAGUUUAUGUGCAUGCACAAGGAAUGUUUGAAAGUAGCAUGUACGCACAGUUGCUUUCUAUCAUUGAUUCUGCAAUCAAAGAAGCAAAGACCACUCAAAAUAAUUUUGAAGCCGAAUUUGGACAUGUUCCGCCAAUUCAGCGUGUAGUGCUGGAAGUCUUUCCACAGUUACGUCCGCCUCAUCAUCUUCCUUUAUUGUGGGCAGUCUUCUUCCAGAAGCUUUUGCGUUAUCUUCCAAAUUCCGAUUCUUCUGAUCAGAAUGAAGGAGAUGAUACAAAGCCUGUGGAAUCAAAAGGCUACACUUCUGAUUCUAAUGGGACUACUACUUCUGGUCAAGUAGAAGUAGAAUCUUUGUCUACAAUCUCUGAUUCAAGAAAAUCUUCAGCCGUGACCAUUACAAGUGAUUUGUUUGCUGAAAAGCUUGUUCCUGUGCUGGUAGAUAUGUUCUUACAGGCUCCAGCAACUGAGAAGUUUAUCAUCUUUCCUUACAUUAUUCAAGGUCUUGGAAGGUGCAUGAUAACAAGAAGAGAAAAUCCUGAUGGUGGACUUUGGGGGCUAGCUGUUAAAAGCUUCAACCAAUUGCUAGUUGAUGACAUCAACAGUUUUGCAAAUGGGUCAAGGCCUGAUGUAAGCAACAGCAACAAGCCCGCAAGAAUUCGUUUAUGGAAAGAAGUUGCUGAUGUGUACGAAAUAUUCCUGGUAGGGUAUUGUGGACGUGCCCUUCCUUCCAGUUCACUUGCUGCAAUAUCCAAGGAGGACGAUGAAUCCCUUGAAAUGGAGCUUUUAGAUGUUCUUGGGGAUAAAAUUCUCUUGUCAGACAUUGAUGCUUCUCCUGAUAUAUUGGAACGGUUGAUAAUAACCCUUGACCGAUGUGCUUCUCGUACAUGUUCAUUGCCUGUUGAAACAGUUGAACUUGUGCCUCCCCACUGUAGCAGAUUCUCUCUCACUUGCUUGCACAAGUUGUUUUCCUUGAGCUGUUACAAUGAAUCAAACAACUGGAAUCCGACUCGAAGCCAAGUAAGCAAAAUAUCUGUGAUGAUACUUAUGGCAAGAUGCGAAUACAUACUAAAAAAGUAUUUAACUGACGAAAAGGAAUUAGGUGAACGUUCAUUCCCGCCUGCAAGAAUCCAAGAGACUGCUUUUGUACUACAAGAGAUGGCACGUGUUGUCUUGCAUCCGGAAACAGCUUCAGUACUUCCGUUACAUCCUUUUUUGAAGGGUGGUGGUCAAUUAGAGGAGAAUACCGGUCAACGCGCACAUUUAUUUGUCCUUUUCUCACCCUUAUGUGAGCUUGUUAAGUCCAGGAAUUCUCGAGUUAGAGAUCUGGUGCAUACUUUACUUAGGCUUGUCAGUACCGAGCUCGGAGUACAUAAAAUAUGUUUAACAAAUUAAACGCGUUCUGUAAUAUUUGCCAAACAAUCAUAUUGGUUAAGAUGGAGUUUGUACAAGUGUUGGUGAAAGUUUUGAUCUUGAUUUUUUUUUGUAUUUAGAAUUUCAGUUUUCAGAGUGUAUUUGUAAUUUGUGGAUAAGGAAAUGUAGCUUUGAUAUGAUUCAAACAAUUAAAAUUUUAGAUGUUUUUCUUCA